AAACUUGUUAUUAGUUAAUUACCUUCUUUCUAAACAAAUCAAUAGCAAUGGGGUUCAAUAAUCUCAUUAGAUUUGCCAUUCAUCACAAUUACAAAUUCAUGAAAAAAAAAUUCCACUGUAGUGCAGAGAUAAACCCAUAUUGGAGGGGUCACGUUAGAGAAGGGUUAGAAAGAGGGAAUCCAAAAGAAAGUGAACAUGUUUGCAUAUAUAGGAUCCCACGAAACAUGCGACAGGUGGAACCAAAAGCCUACAUACCCAACAACAUAGCAAUUGGUCCGUACCACCAUGGAAGACCACACUUGAAAGAAAUGGAAGACAUCAAGAUGAGGUUCUUUAGGCGUCUCUUCGAUCCCAGUGGUCCAAACGGAUCAGCCAAACUCGACGAAGCUUUCAAAGAACUGGAAUCGCUUCAGGACAAGGCGCGUGAAUGCUACGCGGAGAAGAUCAAAUUCAGCAGCGAUGAGUUUCUAGAAAUAAUGAUGAUCGAUGGUUCAUUCAUUAUUCAACUCUUGAGAGAAUUCUCAGAGAGCGAAUUCAACAAAGUCGAUGAUCUCAGCAGGUGGAUGCUACCCACCAUUCGCCGCGAGAUAAUAAUGCUGGAGAACCAGAUUCCAUUGUUUGUAUUAACAAAACUGUACGAGAUAACAAAUAAUGGAAAUACAAGUCUUGAAUCUCUUGCCCUCAAGUUCCUCUACCCUUUGUUGAGAUCCGGCUCCAGCAAAAAUUUUCCGCAAACUGUGAAAGCAGAUUUCGAAUUGCAGCACUUGCUGGACAUUCUUCGAUCCGGUGUAAGGCCUGUGAUUGGUGGCAGAGAUCAAAGAGGGAGUCAAACCAACAUGAUUCACACGGCAACCGAGCUGGUCGAGUCUGGUGUGAAGAUCAAAACACAUGACACACCAAAACUGCUGGAUAUAAGAUUUGGAAAUAAAUUAUUAAAAAAAUUGGUAAAAGAACUCACAAUUCCUACUCUUCACAUAAGCGACCACAGAGGAACCGUGUUUCGCAACAUGGUGGCCUUUGAAAAGUGCCACAAGAGAUGCUACCCAGACGUGACAACAUACAUGUUCUUCUUCAACAGACUCAUCAACUCACCAAAAGAUGUGGCGCUUCUCCACCAGAAUGGAGUGCUUAACCACUCUUUGGGGUGCGAUGAAGAGGUGGCGGAAGUGAUCAACAACAUUGCCAAGGAGAUAGUACCUGAUUCGAGUGAGUCUUAUUUGUACAAAGCUGUCAAUGAGGCAAAUGAGUAUGUUGGAUCAAGGUAUGCGAAGAAGAGGGCUUCAAUGGUGCGUAACUAUUUUACAAGCUGGGUUGUGGGAGUGACAACUGCAGGUGCAGUCUUUGCACUCGCCUUCACCGUAAUACAGACCAUCUGUGCAGUUUACCAACACAAGAGAAAAGGCAAAUCGUUGUUUACAAUCUUCCUAGAAACAUUUGGCUUUGUUGAUAGCAGUAACUCAGCAUCUGACAACGACAUCAACAAUAAUAAUAAUAUCUUAGAAAGUAAAACAUGAAUGUAAUUUUUGAUACCACUUUCAUAAUUC